UGAGGCGACCCCAUAGCUCUGGCUCCCUGUCGUCCUGGCUUCCUGAUGAACUUCCCGGUGGAUGGCGGCCCGAGCAUUGUCUUUGCUCCGCACACUGCUUGCGGGGACUUUCCGAAGAGUGCGUGCGCAUUCGUGCGCGUGCGCGUGUAGGUGUGCACGCGCACGGGGGGGUUAAAAAGUGCAUGUAUGUAAUAUUGAACAAUUACUUUUCACUUUUUUUUCAAUAAUUGGCUAGACACAUGUUAUUAAUUAAACCCCCAGUUUUUGUCAAAGGGCACAUCCGGUUACUGGUGAACUUGCCUCGUCUGCUGCACUUGAUAUUUCCCCAGCAGCGGCCGCGUCCACAGUCAACGGGCGCCGGCUCGGUGUUUUACUUGAUCGAGUUUAGACCAGAAAAUGAACACACUAACAUGAAAACAAGGUUGGAGUCUCGCCUUAAGGUGAGUGUCGGUGACCCAAAGCGCCAUGGCCAGUGUCCGAACUGCAGCGGAGAGGCGGGAAGAUGGACCUGAGGGCCGCGACGGCGGUUGGAGUUGGGUGCUGGUGGGGGCCUUGUUCGUCAGUACCAGCCUGGUUUUCGGGCUUAUGCGAAGCCUGGGCAUCUUCUUCGUGGAGUUUGUGCAGUACUUUGACGAGAGCGCUCAGGCCAUCUCCUGGAUCUCAUCCACCGGCCUAGCGGCGCAGCAGUUCUUCAGCCCGCUGGGAGCUGCCUUGUCCAACGCGUACGACACCCGCCUGGUUGUGAUGGCGGGGGGCUGCCUGGCUGCACUCGGCCUCAUACUGGCCUCACAGGCCACCUGUCUCGCCCACCUCUACCUCACCAUGGGCAUCAUUUCAGGGUUGGGCUGGGGUCUGGUCUUCAUCCCCAUGGUGGCCACAGUCAUGUCCAGCUUCACUCGGCGACGCGCCCUUGCCUUGGGAGUGGCGUUCUCCAGCAUCGGCCUGUCUUCCUUCGCUUUCAACCCGCUCUUCCAGCUGAUGGUGGAGAGGUACGCCUGGCGCGGGGCCCUGCUAAUUUUGGGGGGGCUCAGCCUCAACAUUGUGCCAUGCGGGGCGCUUAUUCCCACACGACCGCGUACUAAAGAUGCAGAAAAGGUGUCAGCAGAGAGAACGUCGUCAGGUGGUGGCGUCCUGCGUAGAGUCUCGUCCUAUUUGGAGCUGUCGCUGCUGUGCGAGCGGUCUUACCUCACCUACACUAUGGCCAUCACACUGCUCAACGUGGGCUAUUUCGUGCCCUAUGUCCACCUGGUGGCCCACAGCCGACACGCCGGCUUCUCCCAGUACCAGGCCGCCUUCGUCAUGUCCGCUGCUGGCGCCGCUGACAUCUUUGGCCGCGUGGCUUCGGGCUGGUUCUCGGACCUGGGCCACUUCCGGCUCAUCCACUUGAUGACUGUGUGUACGGCGCUGGCCGGGCUGUUCAUCACGUUGUUGCCCGUGAGCACCCUAUGGGGCUCCUACGCCGCCCUCAUGGCCGUCAGCCUUCUCUAUGGCUUCUGCUCGGGGACGCUGACCUCGCUGGUUUUCACCGUGGUGCCUAUGGUGGCCGGCGUGGAGCGCAUGAUGGGGGCGCUGGGGCUGCUGCAGCUGAUUGAGAGCUGGGGCGGACUGUUGGGAUCUCCUCUGUCAGGGCUGCUCAAGGACGUCACAGGAGACUACAUGGCCUCCUUCGUGGUGUCGGGCUCCUUCCUCAUCCUCAGCAGCUUGAUAAUGACCACCCUGCCACACUACUUCUCCUGCACGGAUCCACCUCCUGUGCAAGGACCCCACCAGGAGGACAAAUGCGAGGGUCCAGCCUCGGAGACGGAGCGAAUGAAUCAGACUCCUUGUGAGGUGAAUCACUGAGAUGUGACAAAAAGAUUUUGGUGUUGCUUACUCCACAUGUUAUGAUUCUUAUUUUUUUUUAUUUACACACAAAUUUGAAGCAUAUUCAAUCUUAAUUUCACGUUGAAGGUGAAUGGCGUGGUGUGGUAUUUAAUUUCUUGCUAACACACACACACUUCUUUCCAAGUGGUGUGAAAUUAUUGACGCACAAACUACCUAUCUUGCUGUGUGGAGGACAUUGAUGACUAAAUGUUGCCAACAGCUACCGUCUCAUUUGUUGGACACCGAAAAGAAUCUUAAUGAUCUGCUUUGUCUGUGUUGGUCUUCACACACUCAGGAACACAAGAAUGCUGCUAAUAACUCUAUGUCCACUGAGGCAUUUUGUACUUUUUUAAAGCAUAAAUCAAUACUGUUUUCCACAAUUACCAGGAACUCCUUUUUAAAUAGGAAAAUCAUACUUGGUCAUCUGUGUGGUCUGCAUUUAAAUGUUCCUGAAAUUCAGGCUCCUCAAAAGUGCCUGCAAGUUUGGCAUUGGAAAAGUUUUUUGUUUACCUAGGUAAAGCCGGUGGAAACACACGAAGAUGUUCCAAAAUGUUCCCGUGGCGAAAAAGCCUCAGUAACGAUAAUAACCAGUGGGAUUCAAGUCUUAAACCAACCUAUCCAAUGUGAAAGUUGAUGUUUUGUAUACAACUUCUCGAUAAAAACAUUUUUGUGUCACUGUGCAGUUCUUAU